CUUGGAAAAAAACACUGAUUUGGUAGGAGCAAUUUUUAUCAUAUUACUGUAAAACCAAUGGCUUCAAACAAGUGGUGGGAUAGCAAAACCCUUGCUGUAGUGACUGGAGCAAAUAAGGGCAUUGGUUUUGAAGUUGUCCGCCAACUGGCAGAAAAUGGUUUCAGUGUUGUGCUCACUGCAAGAGACGUCGAUAGAGGAUUGAUGGCCACAAAAACUCUUCAGGAACAGGGUGUUAGUAAUGUGGUAUUCCAUCAACUGGAUAUCCAGAGUCCUCAUAGUGUUUUAGAGCUUGCAAAGUGGUUGAAGGACAACUAUGGCGGCCUGGACAUCCUGGUCAACAACGCUGCUGUACUUGGCAUAGUAUCAAUCAAUAAAAUGGAAUAUGAUCCCUCCAAUCUAUAUAAUUUAACUUCUAAUCCAAGUCUCAACAAAUUAUCUGUGACAAAUUAUGAAAUGUCAAAAACUUGCUUUGAAACUAACUAUUAUGGAACAAAAAGUCUUGUAGAAGCAUUGUUGUCGAUGUUUAGAUCAUCUUUUGCAGGAUCUUGCAUUGUGAAUGUUUCAUCAGAGUCUGGAUUAUUACAGUGGCUCAAUAAUGAUUCUCUACGAUUGGAACUUUCUGAUGAUUCAAAAAUAAUAGAGGAAUUAAUUGAUAAGAUGCUUCAAAGCUUUUUAGAAGAUAUUAAAGGUGGUGACAUAAUAGAAAAAAGUUGGCCAUAUUUUUUUCCUCAAUAUUCCCUCUCAAAGUUGGCUUUGAAUUCCUACACUCGUUUGCUUGCAAGGAAGUUCUCAACCAAUAAAGAUGGAAAAAUGAUUUCAAUCAAUAAUGUGCAUCCAGGAUUAGUUCAAACAAAUAUAUCAAAUAAUAAUGGAGAUUUAACAGCUUCACAAGGAGUAGACAAUGUUGUAAAAGUAGUCAUGUUUCCACCCAAUGGACCUUCUGGUCAGUUUUACCACAUGAAGAAAAUCCAUCACUUUUAACGGACUUUGGAGAAGUCUAAAUUUAUUUCAUUGUCAGUAGAGUGA